UUCUCUCUCUGUCUCUCCCCCUCUCUCCCUCACACUCCUUCCCUCUCUCCGUCUGUCUCAUACAGCCUCUCCCACGAUAACACCAAUCUGUGUCCCUUUACAAACCGAUGACAACACCCCAUGAUUGGGGAGCGGAGACUGUGAUGGACGUGCCCCACAGUGACAGUGGUGAAGGCUUGGGGGGGAGGGGAAAGGGGAGGGGAGUGAAUGAGACACGAAUCCUGAUGACCUUGUGUCCUCCCUCCCUCCACCCCCUAGGCUCCAAAUUCCGACCCUUCAUCACAAUCACACCGGACAGCCCCCUCCACGUGUCUGGGAUCCCUCUGGCAAUCCAGUGCCUGGCUCCGAAGGGUUACCUUGGGGGCCGUUUCCGCAUCCUGAGGGGUACAUCAGUGGCCAAGGAGCACCGGCUGGACCCUAGGAGAAACGGAGCCAUUUUCCUGUACCGUAAUGUGAGCACCAGCAUCGGGGGGAGCUACAGCUGCCUGUACCAGAGGCUGGUCGCUGGCUUCUGGGUCACCUUUCGGGCCAGCCCCUCCAUUCCCAUUCGGGUCGUAGAGCCACCGGCCCAACCGGAGAUUACAGCUGCUCCCUCGUACCCGGCGUAUCUGGUGGGAGGAAAUGUCACCCUGACGUGUGCAAUCCCAAACCGUUACACACCCGCUCACAUCCAGUUUCUGAAAGACUCUGCCCUCGUCACCAACAGCACUGGGAUCCAGCGGCGAUUCACCCACAGUGUCCUCCACCUCACCUCCAUUGAUACGGGGAACUACACGUGUUCCUACCAGACCCUGGAGUAUGGACGGUUGCUGUCGUCAGCCCCCAGUCUCCCAGUGAAAAUCGCCCUCACUCGUGAGUCUGAAUUCCUGCCGCGUCGCACAUCAGAUGAUUUCCGAAUCUGUUUAACGCUGAAAGAGAGAGACGGAGUUAACAUUACUGGUUAUAAACACAGAAAGCUGCUAGAGAAAGUCAGCAAGUCUGUGCAAUGAGAGAGACAGAAACAGAGCUAAUAUGACAGAGUUGUAC